AAUACAGAAAGAAACCAGAAGGGCACAAGUAAUUCCAAGUUGCUUGCAAAAUCAAGGAAUCUCAUAAAACCUGACUAGUCAGUCUGUCUUGGCAGCUGAUCAUAUUAUAUAAAUAGGUAACUCCUGGCAUUGCUUUGCAUGCAUUACUAUUCUAUUCUUCCAUUGCUCUAUUAUAUAUACUGGUAGAGCAAAAUGGCGAUGAUACUUGAUGCAUUUGUGGGCAACUUCGUUGAUAAGCUCGCCAGCUUGGUGAGUGAGAAGGUGGUCAUGGUUCUAGGUGCCAAGGAUGAACUCAGAAGACUCCAGAGGCGAAUGGCGAGAAUCCAAAAGUUUCUGGAGGCGGCAGAGCGAAGGAGGCUUGAUGACCCAGAUAUUAACCACUGGGUCAGCGAGCUCAAAGAUAUCGCUUAUGAUGCUGAUGACAUCAUCGAUCUCUGUAGAAUUCAAGGUGCUCUCUUGCUUGUCGGUCAACCAUCCCCAUCAAAGAAAACAUUGGUAUGCUUCAACUUCUCUCUCCUAUCCUCCUGCUUUGCCAGCGUUCCACAUCGUUAUCAGAUUGCUGAAAGCAUUAAGAGUCUUAACAAUAGAUUAGAAGAGAUCUAUCAAGAUAGGUUGCAGUUUAAUUUGGAGGAAAGCAAGGAAAAAAAGAAGUCCCAAAUGAUCACAGUGGUAAACACCCGUCAAACUACUUCUUUGGUCGAAUUUGAUGUGGUGGGAAGUGAGAUUGAAGAAGCUACCAAAGAGUUAGUAACAUUGAUAGUUGAGGAGCAGAUGAAUAAAUGCCGUGUGUUUGCUAUUACUGGUAUGGGAGGUAUAGGAAAAACUACACUAGCUCAAAAAAUAUAUAACAAUAAGAAGAUACAGAGUGAGUUCCAAAUCAAAGUGUGGGUUUGUGUUUCACAAAGUUAUGAUGAGAUAGAAUUACUGCAACAAGUGAUUAGAGGGGCAGGUGGUGUUUAUGGUGAGGGUAGAACUAAAUCAGAGCUCCAACCAUUACUUCAGGCUAUGAUUCAUGGGAAGAGUCUAUUUCUUGUUUUAGAUGAUGUUUGGAGAGCUGAUGUUUGGAUUAGUUUGUUUCGAAAUCCAUUACAGAGUGCUGGUGCUUUUGUUAGAAUUUUAGUGACGACUAGAGAUAGAAAUGUUGCAAGGGAGAUAGGGGUAGCACACAUACACCCAGUGAUGCAACUUUCAAUUCAGACUAGUUGGGAAAUACUUUGUAGAAGAAUUUUUGUGGAGGGACAGGAGAAUAAGAUCAGCAAGUUGGCGGAUUUAGGAAUUCAGAUUGUUGGAAAAUGUUCUGGCUUACCUCUAGCGAUCAAAGCCAUUGCUGGUGUUUUGGCAAAAAAGGAAAGAAAUAGAAAAGAAUGGGAAAAGGUUUUUAAAAAUGAUGCAUGGUCCAUAAGCAACCUUCCUGCAGAGCUUGGUGGUGCUCUGUAUCUUAGCUACGAUGACCUUCCAUCUUCUCUCAAGCAAUGCUUCCUUUAUUGUUCCUUGUUUCCUGAAGAUAAAUCACUUUAUCGUGAUGAUCUUGUUCGAUUAUGGGUGGCUGAAGGGUUUGUAAAGGAGAAAAGUGAUUUAUUAGUGGAAGAUGUAGCAGAGGAUUACUAUAAUGAAUUGAUUAGGAGAAACCUUUUGCAGCCAGACCCUUUUGAUCCUACUGAAUGUACAAUGCAUGACCUUUUGAGAUCUCUAGCAAAAUUUCUAUCACAUGAUGAGAUUUUUUCUGGAAAUACAGUGGCUGUUACAACUACCUCCUCAAGGACAAAACUUCGAAGACUAUCAAUUGAAAAUCAGGAAAAUAUAUCAGAACUUAAAGGUUUUAUUGUUGAGCAAAAAUGUUUGAGAACUCUACUUACUUUCAAUGGCAUUAAAGUGUUGAAUGAUAAUCAGUUGGUAGGAUUAGCACGCCUGCGUGUCUUGCGAAUGGACAAUGUUGAUAUAGAGAGCAUUCCCGAUUCCAUUGGUGAUCUGAUACACUUGAGGUACCUUAAUUUGGAUGAAACAAAUAUCAAAGAGUUGCCGGAAUCCAUUGGAAACCUCAUAAACCUCCAGUUCCUAAACCUCCGUGCAUGCCCUUUUUUGACAACACUCCCUAAAUCCAUCACUAAAUUGCACAAUCUCCGACGUCUUGGUCUCUACAAUUCUCCAUUAAACUCCAUACCAAAAGGAAUUUCAAAACUAGAAACGAUUAAUGACCUCAGCGGAUUUGUUGUGGCUGAUCCAAGUGAACCGGUAGACUCUAGCAGUACCUUGGAAGAGCUGAUUAACUCUCUUCACCAGCUAAGAAUGCUCAGCAUUUCAAAGAUGGAGAGAGCUCAGAAAGGAGCUCUAACUCUUCGAAAACUAACUCAUCUUGUUGACUUGAAAUUUUUAUACACAAAAGGAACGCUUCCAACAGAAGAUGACAUCACACGCAUCGAGGAUGUCUUGGAGGAGCUAUGUCCUCCGCAAUGCUUGGAACGUCUCCACAUACGAAAGUUCUUUGGCCGUCAUUACCCAAGCUGGAUGAAAUCUCCAUCUUUUGGAGAACGCCUUCCACAGUUGACAGCACUUGAGUUAUCAAAAAAUAUUUCUUGCACACAGCUUCCACCAGCUGGAGAGUUGCCACAAUUAAACAAUCUACUCAUAAGUGGUGCAGCUUCAGUGAAGAGCAUCGGACCUGAAUUUCUAGGCGUUGGUGUUGCUGCAUGGGAUGUCGCAAAUACACCAAUGAGAAUAGCCUUUCCCAAUCUUCAAAGCCUUAUUCUCCAUCGUAUGCCUGAAUUAGAAGAGUGGACCUUCGACAAAGAAAUGGAAGGAUUUGAUCGAAGAAGAGGAAAGGCACAUGUUUUACCUCGAUUGGAUCAACUGGUUAUUAACGAUUGCCCAAAGCUUAAAGCACUACCGAAAGGUUUAGAACAGUCUAAGAUGAAGACCCUUCAAAUUCAAGGAGCUCAUAGCCUUAGAGAAGUGGAAAACCUCCCCAAUGUCAUGGAACAACUGAUACUCUUUGACGAUCAGAGCCUAGAGAGGGUCUCAUAUCUCCCCGCAUUACAUAUUCUCGCUAUCAAUUAUUGCCCAGUACUGAACUGUGUGGAGAAGCUAAAUUCUCUUCAGCGACUGAACCUCUUCGAUAUUUUCAUGGAGAGACUCCCAGAAUGGUUAGAAAGGCUGGUUGAGGAGCGAAAGCCAGGUGAUGAUGAUGAUGAUUUCUUUUUCCAACUGAUGUGCAAUGAGAGAGUUCUUUGGAGAUUACUGAAAGGAGGACCUGACUGGUGGAUAAUCGAAAAAAUUCCACGAGUAUUCGCAUUUGACAAUGCUGGAAAAGGUUUUCUGCGAUACACAAGGAACCCUUUCUUCUAUUAUACAAACCUGUUUGUUAUUGAUUGA